CACUGCGCUUCUUCCAUUUGGGUCACUCUCCCUUUCCCUGUACUCCGCCAUCUCCCUCCCCAAAACCACCAUUGCCACCCUCUCGUCGGCAACCGCUUCCUUCAAACCUGCCUUCGUUUCCGCCACUCCCAACCUCACUAUCAAAUCCUCCCUUUCGUCCUCCCUCUUAAACCCUGCCCUUCCCCCAUCCGCCGCAAUUCCGCACUCAAAUCCGCCUUCUCGUCGGCGAUCAUUGCCACUCCUCUCCGUCACCGCCCCGACAAUGCCGACAGCUCGCCUGGCGGAGUCUGCGGCCGGAGAACCACCAUUGUUUGGUUCAGGAACGACCUUCGCGUCCACGACAACGAGGCACUGAGCUCCGCGGAUUCGGAGUCGCUGUCGCUCCUACCGGUCUAUGUGUUCGAUCCCCGGGACUAUGGGAAGUCGCCCUCCGGCUUCGACCGCACCGGCCCCUACAGGGCGACGUUUGUCCUCCAGGCCGUGGCCGACCUGCGCCAGAGCCUUAAGAAGCGGGGUUCUGAUCUUGUGGUCAGGAUUGGGAGGCCGGAGAAGGUGCUGGUGGAGCUGGCGAGGAACGUCGGCGCCGAGGCGGUGUUCGCCCAUCGGGAGGUGGCGCACGAGGAAGUGAAGGCGGAGGCUGCCGUUGAGGCGGCGCUGGCGGAGGAAGGGGUGGAGACCAAGUGGUUCUGGGGUAGUACAUUGUUCCAUCUGGAUGACCUCCCCUUCAAGUUGGAGGAGAUGCCGGCGAAUUACGGUGGGUUCAGAGAUAAGGUGAAGAGUGUGAAGGUGAGAAGGACAAUUGAAGCAUCCGAUAGAUUGAAGGGACUCCCUGUUUCAAACGAGGACAUCGAACCCGGCCGGAUUCCGACGCUCACCGAUUUGGGGCUCAACCCAAUCUCCGCCCAGGGUGGGAAGCCUGCAGCCAAUGCAUCUCUUGUUGGAGGUGAAACUGAGGCAUUGAAAAAGCUGAAGAACUUUGCUGCAGAAUGCCAGGCAAAGCCUGCCAACAAAGAUGGGAAGAAAGAGAAUAUCUAUGGUGCUAAUUUCUCUUGCAAGAUCUCUCCAUGGCUAGCUGUGGGUUGUCUCUCUCCACGCUACAUAUUUGACGAAGUAAAGAAGACAGUGAGUGCGGUCAGUGCCUCAUUGAAAAAUGGUGCUAGUUCAGCUGACACCGGAACAAACUGGCUUAUGUUUGAGUUGUUAUGGAGGGAUUUCUUCAGGUUCGUCACAAGGAAAUACAGUUCAGCAAAGAGUCUCUCUUCUACUCCUGCUACGGCUUGCGCCGGUGCUCAUGCAUAAAAACUACCGGAUGAUCAUCAGAUAAUCUUCAAAGAAGGGUUUGUGCGCAGUCUUUGAAUUCAUUCUACAAGGAGCAGAUCGGCAGAAAAAGGCGCAACGAGACUGUCUAUAUUUAGGAGCGGUUGUUCGUUUAGUCUGGAGCAUUUUGUUGUUUGUUAUUAUGCUCUUUGUUUCUUCGGAAAUAGUAUCUGCGAGAACUCGUUCCGAAAUAAAAAAGUAUUACUCCUCCUCCUUUUUGUCA